UAUGUAUUAAGGAAUGGUGGUGGAUGGCAAAUAUUUAUACAAGCAAGCACCAUAGUUAAGAACGAGGAACGGGUGGAGUCGCGGCAGUAGCCUGUAGCAGUGGGGAAGCUGCUUUCGUGUUUGUAGCAAACUGGACAGCCCUUUUUGGUACUGUGAAUUUGACGAAUAGAGACUAGAGACAGCAGCAGAAGAAGAGAAAUGGUGGAUGAUGGAGGACUAAGGCCAUCAUGGAACCCAUAUACCAUGGGAGUUAUACUUGUCAUAUUGGCGACCCAGUUUGUGAGGUGGUGCUCCGCUCGCUUCCGCUUCACGGUUGCUCCUCCUAAUCUCAACCCCAAAACAAAUGCUAAUGUCGCCGUUUCACCUUCCUCCGCCGCCCUCUCGCAACCUAGGACUUCUAGCAUUGUAUCUGACUCGGAUCUCAAGGAUUUGCUCCAUGACUUGGAUGAGAAGCUUCAUGAGAAUGAGGAAUGGGAGCCUGUCAUUGACAGGAGAAACCAUUUCUUUUCCUACACUGCCAAGUCUUGCAAGCCUAAGGAUGGGCCUUUGAAAUAUUUGAGUAUUACAGUGUUUGAGAAUUGCUCUUCUGAGUUGCUGAGAAAUUUUUAUAUGGACAAUAACUAUAGGAAAACCUGGGACAAGACCUUAAUGGAGCAUGAGCAGCUGCAGGUGGAUGAAAGUAAUGGAACUGAAAUUGGUCGCACGAUAAAAAAAUUCCCCUUCUUGACCCCAAGAGAAUAUGUAUCAGCUUGGAGAGUUUGGGAAGAUAAAUAUGGGGCCUUCUACUGUCUUAGUAAGGGAUGUGAACAUGCUCUUGCCCCAAGACAGAAGAAAUAUGUAAGGGUUAUGUUCCUUAGGUCUGGUUGGCGAAUCAGAAAAGUAGCUGGUAGAAAUGCAUGCGAAAUCAAAAUGGUGCAUCAAGAAGACGCUGGCCUGAAUGUGGAAAUGGCAAAGCUGGUAUUUGCAAAGAGCAUAUGGAGUUAUGUAUGCAGGAUGAGUGAUGCGCUUCAUAUAUAUUCUCCUCAGCUGAAUUCAUCUUUGAGUGCAACAAUGCUAACUCAGAAGUUCCCUCCUGGAAUGGAAGGUGUUGAUGACACGUCCUCUGCAGCAAGUACCAUUUGCUGCCAAGUGGCUUCGGAUUGCUAUACCAGUAAUAUCUCCAGAAAACCUGCAAAUAAAUUGAUAAAAAAUGGUUUGAUCCUACUAGGGGGUGCAGUCUGCCUGUCUGGGGGUCAUUCUGACUUGGGUGCAAAGGUUGCAAUGGCGUACAUCUUGACCAAGUUAACCAAGCAUGGUGCUUUAUCAAGGCUACGUAAAGCAGGCAAGCAUUAGCAUUUGCAAGAGGUGCCCUACUGUGAAGGCUGAAGCUGGGUGAAAGAGUCCAAAUAUCUGCGGAUCCCCAAGAAUGUAGUGGAUGGAAUACAAGCAGCAUAACGCAACAGAUGCAUUAGCAAGGUUAGCUGUGCAUUUCCUAGCAAAAUGGGAGUUGAUGAACAUUGACCUGUUGGCUCUAGAAGUGAAGUGUGAUUAUUUAAAAUUUGAAACAUAUGUGUGGAUGAUCUACAUUUGGCCAACCAUGUCGAUAUGUUUUAUUGCUCUAGGAGUGUUUGAAAUUUUGCCGUCUACGUGAGUUAAACGCAACAAAAGAAGUGCAGGGAGCAUUUGCAGUCUUUGUAUUUGCCGAGAACUUGCCGUCUUUUCAUCUCAUUUGCGGAAGAAAACUUAAGCCAAAGAUGACAUCUUACCGUCGCAA